UCAUGAACACACAUGUGGGGCCAGAGAGGCUGUUCAUUGGUUGUGUUUUUCUCCCUCCUCCUCCUCCUCCUCUUUUCCUCCUGCCUCUUAAUCAUAAUUAGCCUUCAAGUUAUCAUUACUAAGCCAUUUCCCUCAGACCUUGUCUCUCUCCCCACUCUCUCUCUCUCUCUCUCUCUCUCUCUCUCUCUCUCUCUCUCUCUCUCUCUCUCUCUCUCUCUCUCGCUCUCUCUCACAAUCCCUCUCUCUCUGUCUCUUUCUUUCUAUCUCUCUGAAGAGGGAAGAGGGAGGCAUGUUGAUCGAAUGUGUAAAUAAAUCCCCACCUCUCCUUCAGCCUUCCAUCUCUCAACUGAAUUCAAGGGGGGUUUAUUGGCAUGGGAAACAUAUGUUUACAUUGCUAAAGCACUCUCUCUCGCUCUCUUCUGCUGGCUCCAUCCAUGUGUUGUCUCACUAGUUUUCCGUAUGGACAGUAGGGAGACACAGGGCUCCUUGCUGCAUCUUCCCCCUGCCGUCAACCUCCAGACUCGGGUGACAGCAGUUUAACCGGAGGCUAGCCUCGUCACGUUCCUAGGACUACGACCAACCGCCUCCACCCCCUCCCUCCACCCCCUCCCUCCACUUCACACCUCCUCCAUUCUCCCCAGCCCUUUACUCACCACCCCACCCCCCACCCCACCCCCGUGACGCGUCUCCACUCGACUCACCACGUCAGGCAGGCAGCAGGCUGUGAGAGGCAGGAGCAGGGUUUCCCCGUGAGGAGCAGAGAGAGGAGCAGAGAGAGGAGCAGGAGGAGAAGCGGUGUUGUGUGAUGAUGGCGGCGACCAGCUUUGACACCGAGGAGAGCUUUGACGUUGACGAUGCCUCCUGUCUCUCCCAACAGAACCCGGGGAACAAUUCACCAGCCAAGAGGCAGAACAAGGAGAUCAAGGAGACCAAGAUAACAAUCAACUGUGUCACCUUCCCGCUGCCCAGUGUGAUGCCAGAUCAGCCAGAGCAGCAGCUACUGAAGCCCAAUGAGUGGAGCUACUGUGACUACUUCUGGACUGACAAGAAGGACCCCCAAGGGACCCCCUCUGUGGGCGGCUUUGAGGUGCUGCUGCAGAAACAGCUCAAGGGCAAACAGAUGCAGAAAGAGAUGGCUGAGUUCGUCCGGGAGAGGAUAAAGAUUGAAGAUGAAUACUCUAAGAACCUCUCCAAGCUCUCCCAGAGCCCCUUGGCUGCUCAGGAGGAAGGAACCCUUGGGGAAGCUUGGGCCCAGCUGAAGAGGAGUUGUCAUGACGAGGCUGAAGUCCACCUCAAGUUCUCCAAUAAGCUCCAGUGUGAGGUGGAGAAGCCCCUGCUGACGUUCAGAGACAACUUCAAGAAGGAGUUGAAGAAGUACGAUCACCACAUCAUAGACCUCAGGAAGCAGCUGGCCAGCCGCUAUGCAGGCGUGGAGAAGGCCCGUAAAGCCCUGGCAGACCGGCAGAAAGAUCUGGAAGUGAAGACCCAGCAGCUGGACAUCAAGCACAUGAACAAACACGAGGAGGACAUCAAGAAGGCCCGGCGGAAAUCCACACAAGCAGGUGAUGACCUCAUGCACAAUGUGGACCUGUACAACCGGGCCCAGUCCAAGUGGUUUGAGGAGAUGGUCACCACAAGCCUGGAGCUGGAGAGACUUGAGGUUGAGAGGGUGGAGAUGAUACGACAAGAUUUAUGCCAGUACACAACGCUGCGACAUGAAACUGACAUGUUCAACCAAAGUACGGUGGAGCCAGUGGACCAGCUGCUUCAGAGUGUGGACCCAGCCAAAGACCGAGAGCUGUGGGUGCAGGAGCACAAGACCGGGGAGCUCCGCCCUGUGGACAUGGACAUAUAGUCAACUACAUUGACGUACCUCAAGCAGCCAGAGGCAACACCUCCAUACUGUCAGAAUCCCAGGCCUCUCACAGAACAUCCCAACUACAGGUGCAGGUGCAUGUAUGUUCAGGAUAAGGUGAGGCCUGUACAUUCUGUCUAUGAUGACAUCAGAAUAGCACAAUGUUAACUCAGUGAUAACUGGAGAAGAGUUAGCCUUCCCAAUGCAGUGCUUUGGAACCUACAAUGGAAAAACAAGAGAUCAAUAGUCCAAACACCAGCAUGUUACAGUAAUACAAUGUUUGAUAGUUUUACUCUGUAUAAUGAAUGCCAGUAAACAAGCUUAAACAAUCAUUUAGUUUUUUAUCUGUUGUAAAAUUAGAAGUUUCCACUAUUAAGAAGAAUACAUUUUUAUGUAUUUGAGGAAUAGAUUGGAUGCAUUGUAAAACCUUAUAAUUUUGGCAUAUAAACUGAACAACUAAUUAUUAACAUUUCACUUUAUUUUAGAUACUGGAAUAUGAAACAUUAUGUGAUAUCCUAGAUUAAAUAUGAUAUAUUUUCAUAUUUACGCCCAUUCAUUUUACCUGUCAAGAUAUGCAUGUUUUGGGAAAAUAUCUUACAUUUACUGUAUAUGGUUAAGUGCAUAUUUGUAAAAUAUGAUGGCUGUCUUGGCACUGUGGUACAAUGUAUAUGGGAUGUGUUUACAGAAAGUAUAUACUCCAAGUUACUGCACUCAAUGAACAAGAGUGAAUCAACUCAUUAAGGUUUGUCAUGAACAUGAAUUUAUGUACAAUAACCUCGCUCAAAGUUGAAUAGGGUAAGAUGUUUAGGAUUGUGAAACAGCAUGUUUGUCACAUGUCACCUCGUGUGGCAGAUUGGAACAUAGGCCUGAGUCUAUUUUGGAUCAGUGGUGAGACAAUGAUGGCGACGAUCCAUGUUACAAUGAACACCUUUUAGUGCCUCAAGGUUAUAAACAGUACCUGGAAUGUUCUUGAUAUAUUCUAUUCUGCAUCAGUGUAUAUUUGUUGAUACUAGCUAGAUGUAUUUUGCUGUUAACUGUUUAAGUGGCCUUGCACUUUCGGUCAACUAAAUUGUUGUUUGUCAAUUAACUAUAACAGGAUAAUAGUCAACAGAUUCUAAAGUCAUUCGUUCAUUUUGCACGGCACUUUGUGAGUCAACCAUUGCUUAGAGUUGGGAAUUGCUACUUUGCAUUUAUCCUAAAUACAGUCCACUUUGUAUAUCCAGGAGUGCUUUGUAUUUCCAGGAGUGCUUUGUAUAUCCAGGAGUGCUUUGUAUUUCCAGGAGUGCUUUGUAUAUCCAGGAGUGCUUUGUAUUUCCAGGAGUGCUUUGUAUUUCCAGGAGUGCUUUGUAUUUCCAGGAGUGCUUUGUAUAUCCAGGAGUGCUUUGUAUUUCCAGGAGUGCU